AUGCUCGGCGACAUCAAGGAUCCACGACGGGACGAAGACGAUGAGCUUUCGAGCCAUUCGUCCAGCGCUAUGGGCCUGGAGGAUGGGGCUCGAAAAGAUUGGUCUCAGCCCACAGCACAGAGAUGCUGGCGAAGCAGGUUCAGUCUGAGUGGACGUGGGUCACGGCGGAAUGGAGAGUCAGAAAGCCAAAGAAGAGCAAGAAGAAGAGAGGGUUGGCGAUGGUUUGGAAUCGUGGCUAUCAUUCUGACGAUGCUUGGUGUUAUUGCUGGGGGGGUAUACAUGACCUUUGUAGCAAUACUACUACGGCGUCUCGCUCCUCGACCAGACCAUAGUGGUCUGCACUACAUCAUGGACACUUGGCAAGAACCGGACUCCAAUGGCGCCUUCAAGUAUGGGUGGAAAGACGACUUUAGCCGCGACAUUGAGCCCAAGAACUGCCACUCCCACAAUGACUACUGGCGUCACGUUCCCUUGUACGCAGCCCUCACAGCAGGCUGCGUUAGCUUCGAGGCGGAUAUCUGGUUGACUGAUGACGCCGAGCUGCUAGUCAGCCAUAACUGGAAGUCUACCAAGAAGACUCGGACCCUGAGGAGCCUUUACCUGGACCCACUGAUGAACAUUUUUGAAAACAGAAAUGUAACAGCAGCAAGCGAACCUAUUAAGGAUACGGGAGUCUUUGACAUGGACCCAGGCGCGUCCACUGUAUUGCUGAUAGACUUCAAAUCCGACGGUGCAGCAACGUGGCCAGUACUGCUUUCUCAACUCGCACCCUUUCGCGAGAAGAACUGGUUGACGUACUACGACGGCGAAACCCUUCACAAAGGGCCCCUUACCAUUGUCGGCACAGGGAACACGCCCUUCGACCUUGUCCAAGCCAACUCAACCAACCGUUACGUCUUCUUCGAUGCUCCUCUCGUCACCAUCUCCGACGCCAAAUACAACACUACAAACUCCUACUACGCGUCUAGCUCCCUCAAGGCCGCAGUAGGCAGCCUAUGGUUCAAGACUCUAUCGUCGUCCCAAAAUGAUCAGAUCAAAGUACAAGUAAAAGCAGCCCAGGACAAGGGACUGAGCAGCAGAUAUUGGGACACCCCCGGCUGGCCGAUUGGCAGGCGAGAUGAGGUGUGGAAGAAGUUGAUAGAUGCUGGGGUUGGAAUGCUGAAUGUCGACGACCUUGUCAGUGCAUCGAGGUGGAAUUGGGGCUGGUGUGUCGUUGCUGGUAUCGCGCUAUGCGGGAACAGUUGA